AGCGACUGAUAUUCGCCCCCCCCUUGACCGGCAUCCUCGCAUCAUGGCGACCGUCCUCGCGCGUUGCGCGUUUCCCAUCAGGCGCUCCGAGCCCCCUGCGCGCCGUAUGCGCCGCUCCACGGUGUUUUCCAGGGCGAUGUACGCCCCUGGCAACAUGGGCAACGAGUCCGCGGCUCCCACAUCAGACACCGACGCGUGGAAUCCCAUCGUCGAUCCCCUCGGCUCGGAUUUCACAUCCAACGCGGUGCCCGCCGUGAUGAAGGGCAAGGAUCCGCAGUGCGUGCGCUUCGGCUUUCCCAAGGGAUCGCUUCAGAAGUCCACCGAGGAGUUGUUCGCCCGCGCGGGUCUGCCCGUGAAGGUGAAGGAUCGGAACUACUUCCCCACCGUCGAGGACGACGGCCUCAGCCUCGUCCUCUUCCGAUCGCAGGAGAUUCCUCGCUACGUCGCGGACGGCGUACUCGACGCCGGCAUCUGCGGGCGCGAUUGGAUCGUGGAGAACGGCUCCGACGUCGUCGAGGUUGCCGAGCUUAAGUACUCCAAGGCGACGUCCAACCCCGCGCGAUGGGUCGUGGCGGUCCCCGAGGACUCGCCCGUGGAAACCGCCGCGGACCUCGAGGGAACGCUCAUCGCGUCUGAACUCGUACACACGACCGAGCGCUUCUUUCUCGACAGGGGGAUCCAGGGCGUGAAGGUUGAGUACUCGUGGGGUGCGACGGAGGUGAAGGCGUCGCUCCCCGGCGUCGGCGCCAUCGUCGACAUCACCGAGACCGGCAGCUCCCUCCGCGCCAACAAGCUCCGCGAGGUUGCGACGAUUCUCGAAUCGACCACCCGCCUGAUCGCCAACAAGGACGCGUGGAAGGACCCCAUCAAGCGCGCCAGGAUCGAGGACCUCGCUCUUCUACUCCAGGGCGCCAUCGACGGCAAGAAGAAGGUCGGGCUCAAGAUGAACCUGCCCACCGCGUCGGUUCCCGAGCUCAGCGCUCAGCUCCCGAGCGAAAAGUCCCCGACGGUGUCGCCGCUUCUGGACAACGAUUACUGCGCCGUGGAGGUGGUGGUGGACGAGGGAACCGCGAAGGACCUCGUGCCGCUGGUGCGACGCAUGGGAGCCACCGGCAUCGUGACGUAUCCCAUCAACCUUUCCAUUCACUGAUGAGCCAGAGCGGCGGCGGCGACUGGAUUUUCUAAUUUUAUGACAAAAUCAUCUCA